ACUGGCGCUCUCUCGGCUCUCCUCUCCUCUCCGCACAGCCUUCUUUUAUCCUCCUCCUCUCAAACUCAGUGUCCGGACCAAAACUGCUACAUUCCCCAGGACGACUUUUCUUUACUGCACAUGAACUUUCUACAUUACAUUCCUAACGACCAGAAGAUCCAUUGGGACCACAUUUGGACACUUUGUUACUUCCUGGUUAUAUAACUUUUCUUGCACUUGAACGACUCCUUUACAUUCAAUAGCCUUUGGCCACGGGCGGACAUUGAUUUCAGUAUUUUUCUUAAAAAUCCGGUCUUUUCUUGUUUUGUUCAUAUUAUUAUUUUUGGAUAGACAAAACAAGCAGGAAGCGUUUGCCGACGGCUUAUUUUGAUUCCUUUUUUUUUGCACAACCCAGAUCCAGUCUUAAGUCUUUCCUUUAUCGUGUAGUCUUAAAUAAAAGUAUACAAUGGCAGGUAUGAACUCUCUGGAUGCUGUGAAGAGGAAGAUUCAGUGUUUGCAGCAGCAGGCCGACGACGCAGAGGACCGGGCUCAGGUCCUACAGAGAGAGCUGGACAGUGAACGGGAGCUCCGAGAGAAAGCGGAGGGUGAUGUAGCUGCUCUGAACCGUAGGAUCCAGCUGGUGGAGGAGGAGUUGGACCGAGCUCAGGAGAGACUGGCCACAGCCCUGCAGAAACUGGAGGAGGCUGAGAAGGCUGCAGACGAGAGCGAAAGAGGCAUGAAGGUGAUUGAAAACCGAGCAAUGAAGGAUGAGGAAAAGAUGGAGAUUCAAGAGAUGCAGCUGAAGGAGGCCAAACACAUUGCUGAGGAAGCUGACCGCAAAUACGAGGAGGUGGCUCGUAAGCUGGUGAUCCUGGAGGGAGAGCUGGAGAGAGCUGAGGAGAGGGCUGAGCUCUCAGAAUGUAAAGCCAGUGACCUGGAGGAGGAGCUGAAAAAUGUGACCAACAACCUGAAGUCCUUAGAAGCUCAGUCUGAGAAGUACUCAGAAAAAGAAGACAAGUAUGAGGAGGAGAUCAAAGUGCUGACUGACAAGCUGAAGGAGGCUGAGACCCGUGCAGAGUUUGCAGAGAGAACAGUGGCAAAACUGGAAAAAUCCAUUGAUGACCUGGAAGAGAAAUUAUCAAGUGCCAAAGAGGAAAAUCUGGGCAUGCAUAAAGUCCUGGACCAGACCCUGCAGGAACUGAACAGCUUAUAAACAACACACCGAGAGGGAGCUGGAGAGAAAGCAAGAUCAUCACGUAUCGUUCAUUCCAUCAAUGUUCGACUCCAUUCCGCAGUUUUGGCUGUAAAAUCUUAUUCCCCAUGUAAAAGGGGGAUUAACUUAAUGCUUGUACCCUUAAUGUUUUUUUUUUGUUUUGUUUUUUUGUAAGGCACAACUUUAUUUCUUUUUUCUUUUUUUUUUUUUUAAGAUGAGAAAGUCAUUUUGAACCUAUUGCUUCUUUUUGUAUCUCCACUUGUGAUUGCAAAAAGUCUCCUGGAAUGACUUUUGACCACUUUUAUAAAUAGAAAGAACUGGCAUCUAAACUCAAACCUCAGAUUUAGUAUCUCAACCACUUUAAAACUGGCUCCAUUUUACAUUCUACGUGCCUCUGUCUAAUUCUUCUGGUCAUGUUCACAAUAUACUACAGAUGGCUAUGGGGGGGGGGGGGUUGCUUGGUCUCCAUUCUAAUAGUGUACAUUGAAGGCUCUGAAGUGCCACCCAGUGGUGACAUUAAAGUCAGUCCACAGUUGUUCUUCUCAUGCUGUGUGAUCUGAAGAUGCGGGUGUUCCACUAGUUGGUGCCGUCUCUGUAUCCUUAAUCAUUGUGUUUGCUUUAAAACUCCAGUGGUCAAAUCUUAUGGAAAGGUUUUAUUAAUAAACAAGUCAAUGUGCUGCUCUACAUGUUGGAGAUGGACAGAAUAUCUAGAACAUGCAGUGCGUUAUGUUUCCUUAUAGUGUGGAAGUGCUGGACUGGCCUUUCUUUAAGCUUGACCAUACCAUCAGCACAAUAACACCAACAAUAAGCCAGAAUGUAGUCAGUUAUUUACUAGAUUUACAACAUAUGGUAUUGAAAGAGCAAGCUGAACCCCACACUACUGGAAGCUCAGGCAGGUUUUCUCAACCGUGGAUACUUAUUGUAUAUAGUAGAAUAAGGUUAGGUAUUUGAGAAGUUGUAUUGCAUUGACUUUUUUUUCCCCCUUUUUUGUUUCAUUUAUACCACUUCUUUUUUGCCUAUAGGGAACUCUCAAGACCAAAGAACACAUUUGACAGUCAGAAAAUCCUUCAAAUGUUUUAUUUUUGUUUAUAAUGGUCAUUGUGGUUUCAUUUUAUGCCAGUGCCACAGAUAAGCAUCUCAUAAUUUGACUGAGAGCAUUUUUAAAGAUUUCACUCACCAACCCCCUUCUUGUCAACCUAAUAAAUGUUUUACAAAAGU